UAAACAAAGUUGGCGGUAAAGAUGGAGCCCGCAGAGAGUGAACUCGUACCCAGUGAUGAAACAAACCAGGAGUACAGAGUUCAAGUAACGUCGAAGAAACAAGUCAUAGAGCAGAUUAACAAAUACAAAGACAUUUUAAAGACGGCUCUUCACGGGCAGGAGGACGUCGCGGAAGAGACGAAGCGAGUUUUACUGCAGGAGCUGCUGGCGAACUUUGAGGCGGCGGUUCAAGACAAUGUGUUGGUGAACGGACAGCCUUGGGAGGAGGCACCUGAUGUUGAAGCAGAAGACGAGGCUGCUGAUCUGGAAAGCCUGCUGGAUGACACCAUUGUUGAGACCACCAGGAGGCGCCGUACAUACCCAAAACAGAUCCUGCCGCAUGUGGUCCACUCCCUCAAAGCUGAGCGUAAACUCAUGAAGCUGUAUGAGCACGCAGUCAAACCUCAAGAGGUGGUCAAAGACCCUGAUCAAGAGAGCAUCAUGAGCAAUUUGUCAGCAGCAGCUCCUGGCAUGGUGAAACAGGCUAUCCAGGUCAUAAAGUCAAUCAACACUCUGCAGAAACAAGCCGAAGGCCUCUGUGAGAUCCUCAACAUGAAACCGAGCCACGCCACCCUGGAGAUCCACCGAGAAGUGUUUGGUUUCAACGGCCAAUCGGAUGCCCUCCUGCCUCCUGUGAACGGAGCCACGAGGAACAGGCAGCCAAUCAAGAGAGCCGUAGAGGAAGCAGCUGCCGCAAGCUGCUAUGGGCCCCUCAGUAAGAAACCCGUGGGAGAGGGCAAGCCUGAGUGACACUUCCUGCUACCAUAACCACAGAACAGCAGAGAUGUUUUGAUGUUAUGUGUGUGUUGUUUUUCAGCCUUUUUUAAAGAAUAGAAAGCAGGAUUUAAAAAUGACUCUUGAGGUUUAUUCAUUUUAAACAUAGCGAAAGAUUUUCUCCAACAUGCACAGUAAAGGUUCCAUGUCUCACAUUUAGACAUGUACAUAAUAUUUAUGCUGAGACAUUACUAUAAUAACAAAGAAAAAUCCUUUAACAUGUUUAUUUGUCUAUGAAAAUAGCUUUUGUCAUAUUUGCUGAAACUUUCACUUUAUUCUGAAAGAAGCUCAUGAGA